GUUAAAUUCAGUACGAAUUUUGAAAAAUGAAGCUGAAGAAGAAAAGGGAGAAACAGCUAGAAUGAGCAUUUUUAUUGGUGCAAUAGCUAUUGGAGAACUUGUUAAAUCAACUUUAGGGCCGAAUGGAAUGGAUAAAAUUCUUGUACCUUCUGGAACUGGCACGGAUCAAGUUACAAACGAUGGUGCUACGAUUCUCAAAAGCGUCGGUGUGGACAACCCGGCAGCCAAAAUUUUGGUUGAUAUGUCCCGUGUUCAAGAUGACGAAGUUGGAGACGGCACCACUUCCGUCACGGUUCUAGCUUGCGAACUGUUGAAAGAAGCGGAAAAACUAAUCGAUCAAAAAAUUCAUCCACAAACUAUUAUCGCUGGAUGGAGAAAUGCAACUGCAGUGGCAAGAAAAGCUUUAAAAAACGUAGCCAUCGAUAAUUCUGCAAAUCAAGAGAAUUUCAACCAAGAUCUGUUAAAUAUUGCCCGUACCACGUUAAGUUCGAAAAUUUUAUCGCAACACAAAGAGCAUUUCAGCAAAUUAGCUGUAGAUGCAGUUUUGCGUUUAAAGGGAUCCGGUAAUUUAUCGGCCAUUCAAGUUAUUAAAAAAAGAGGGGCAACAUUAGCGCAGUCGUUCUUGGACGAAGGAUUUCUUCUCGAUAAAAAACCAGGGAUGCAUCAACCUGAAAAAAUAGCUAAUGCAAAAAUUCUUAUUGCUAAUACUCCUAUGGAUACUGAUAAAAUAAAGAUAUUUGGCUCGAGAGUUCGUGUUGAUUCAAUGGCAAAGAUUGCCGAAUUAGAAUUAGCAGAGAAAGAGAAAAUGAAGGAUAAAGUAGAUAAAAUUAUUAAACAUGAUUGUAAUGUAUUCAUAAACAGACAACUGAUUUAUAACUAUCCCGAACAACUAUUUGCCGAUGCUGGUAUUAUGGCGAUUGAACAUGCAGAUUUUAAUGGUAUCGAGAGAUUAGCCCUUGUAACUGGAGGAGAAAUCGUAAGCACUUUUGAUAAUCCUGAAAUGGUGAAACUUGGAAAGUGUGAUUUGAUUCAGCAGAUAAUGAUUGGCGAAGAUAAAAUUCUUCGUUUCUCCGGUGUAGCUCUGGGAGAAGCUUGCACCAUCGUUAUAAGAGGAGCCACACAACAGAUCUUGGACGAAGCUGAAAGAUCAUUGCAUGACGCUUUGUGUGUGUUAACGUCCACAGUGCGGGAGUCGCUCGUAGUAUGCGGUGGUGGUUGCAGUGAAAUGGUAAUGUCAUGUGCCGUCAUGAAGGCGGCUGCCGCCACUCCAGGCAAAGAAGCAGUGGCUAUGGAGUCGUUUGCUCGAGCUCUACAGCAGCUGCCGACUGUUAUUGCUGAUAAUGCUGGUUAUGAUUCAGCUCAGUUGAUCAAUGAAUUGAGAGCCGCUCACAACUCCGGUAAUCACACCAUGGGCUUAGAUAUGGAGAAAGGAGAGAUUGGUUGUAUGUCGAAGCUUGGUAUUACAGAAUCGUGGGUUGUAAAGAGGCAAGUACUUCUUAGUGCAGCAGAGGCCGCGGAAAUGAUUCUUCGAGUUGAUGACAUUUUAAAGGCCGUACCAAGAAAGCGAGUUCCAGAUUAUGGUCGUUGUUAAAUAUAAUUUCUCUAAUGUUUUCAUUUAACUCUCCUUGCUUCGUGUUACGUUUAUACUUAUUGCAAGAAAAAUGAUCGAUAAUACAUGAGCAUUUAACUAUAAUUUUAUCAUUUUAUAUACCUGAUAAAUAGUAUAUGAUGUCAUGCUGAAAAUUAAAAU